UGAGACAGCCGAGCCGGGUGCUGUGCGCUGCAGCUUGCUAUAGACCAGCAGACGCUAAACCACUGCCUGGGUUUACUGAGGUGCAACGUUUGAUAAACUUGCUCACCUACAAAGUAGGCUGUUUUUAUUUACCUCCAAAAAUAACCCAACCACCUAUGGAAGAAAUGGAAGAAGAAUUAAAAUGCCCAGUUUGCGGAUCGCUGUACCGGGAGCCCAUCAUAUUACCAUGUUCUCACAACAUCUGCUUGGCGUGCGCCAGGAAUAUUCUAGUCCUGACCCCUGACGCCGAAUCUCCGCAGAGUAGCCGGGCUUCUGGCUCGGGGGUCUCCGAUUAUGACUACUUGGAUCUGGAUAAAAUGAGCUUGUACAGCGAGGCGGACAGCGGCUACGGCUCGUACGGGGGCUUCGCUAGUGUCCCGACCACCCCUUGCCAGAAGUCCCCGAACGGGGUGCGGGUUUUCCCCCCAACCGUCCCUCCUCCCCCUCCCCAGCAUCACCUGCUUCUGCACCCUGGCUCCUUGCCCCCCAUCCCUCGUAACUCCUGCAUUACCUGCCCGCAGUGCCACCGUAGCCUGAUUCUGGACGACCGGGGGCUCCGCGGUUUCCCCAAGAACAGGGUGCUGGAAGGAGUGGUCGAUCGGUACCAGCAGAGCAAAGCGGCCGCCUUGAGGUGUCAGCUGUGCGAAAAGAGCCCCAAGGAGGCCACGGUAAUGUGCGAGCAGUGCGACGUCUUCUACUGCGACCCGUGCCGCCUGCGGUGCCACCCUCCGCGGGGCCCGCUCGCCAAGCACCACCUGGUACCUCCAGCCCAGGGCCGGGUGAGCCGCAGGCUGAGCCCCCGGAAAAUCUCCACUUGUACCGAGCACGAACUGGAGAACCACAGCAUGUACUGUGUCCAGUGCAAGAUCCCAGUGUGUUACCAGUGCCUGGAGGAAGGAAAACACUCCAGCCACGAAGUGAAGGCGCUGGGAGCGAUGUGGAAGCUGCACAAGGGUCAGCUGUCCCUGGCUCUGAACAUCCUCUCGGACCGGGCCAAGGAAGCCAAGGAGUUCCUGGUGCAGCUGAGGAACAUGGUCCAACAGAUUCAGCCCACAGAAGCCCCGGGGAGGCCGGUAGUGACGUCAGGUUGGGGGACUCUGCAGGAGAACAGCGUGGAGUUCGAGGCCUGUCUGGUGGCUCAGUGUGACGCUCUCAUCGACGCUCUCAACCGGAGGAAAGCACAGCUACUGUCCCGGGUCAACAAGGAGCACGAGCACAAACUCAAGGUGGUCCGUGAUCAGAUCUCGCACUGCACGGUCAAGCUGCGCCAGACCACCGGCCUGAUGGAGUACUGCCUGGAGGUCAUCAAGGAGAACGACCCCAGCGGCUUCCUGCAGAUCUCGGACGCUCUGAUCCGGAGGGUCCACAUGACAGAGAAUCAGUGGGGGAAGGCCACCCUGACCCCCAGAAUGACCACCGACUUCGACCUGACUCUGGACAGCGGGCCCCUGCUGCAGACCAUCCACCAGCUGGACUUCGUGCAGAUGAAAGUUCCCUCCCCAGUGCCGGCCACCCCUAUCCUGCAGCUGGAAGAGUGCUGCACGCACAACAACAGCGCCACGUUGUCAUGGAAACAGCCCCCCCUCUCCACCGUGCAGGUGGACGGCUACAUCCUGGAACUUGACGACGGUAACGGGGGGCAGUUCAGGGAGGUGUACGUGGGGAAGGAGACCAUGUGCACGGUGGACGGGCUGCACUUCAACAGCACCUACAGCUCACGGGUCAAGGCCUUCAACAAGUCCGGAGUGGGGCAGUACAGCAAGACCCUGGUGAUGCAGACCGCAGAGACUGGAUACACUCCAUGUGAUUUAAACACUCUGGGAGCAGUCGCCUGGUUCACCUUCGACCCCAGCUCCGCCCACCCUGACAUCAUCUUCUCAAACGAUAACCUGACGGUGACGUGCAACAGCUACGACGACCGCGUGGUGCUGGGGAACACGGGCUUCUCACGCGGAGUGCACUACUGGGAGCUGAGCGUGGAUCGCUACGACAACCACCCCGACCCCGCCUUCGGAGUGGCACGCGCGGACGUGCUGAAGGACGUGAUGCUGGGCAAGGAUGACAAGGCCUGGGCCAUGUACGUGGACAACAACCGCUCCUGGUUCAUGCACAACAACUCCCACACCAACAGGACGGACGGGGGGAUCAGUAAGGGCACCACGGUGGGGGUGCUGCUGGACCUGGCUCACGGGACCCUGACGUUUUCGGUGAACGACGAGCAGCAGGGUCCCAUCGCCUUCGACAGCAUGGAGGGCCUCUUCCUCCCUGCCAUCAGUCUCAACAGAAACGUGCAGGUCACUCUUCACACUGGGCUGCCCAUCCCCGAGUUCUACACUGCAAGGAGCCCUGAGCCCCCCAGUUCAGUGUGUUAAUGACACUGCCGGCCAUGUGGGGGCGCUCUCCUGACCUGCCCCUGCUCUUCUACACCUCUCAGCUCCACCUCACACCUCUGUCCAAGCCAGAGCCCACAGACCCGCGGGAGCCAGAAGCAGAACCACAGAGCAGCUUUCAGCCUCCACAGGCACCAGAUGAGCUCCAGUCACUCUGCUGUGACCCACCGCCUCCUCUCCCAGUCCCCUCUCCCAGUCUCCUCUCCCAGUCUCCUCCCCCAGCAUCCUUCCCCAUCCUCCUCCCCCCAGCCUCCUCUCCCAGCCUCCUCUCCCAGCCUCCUCUCCCAGUCUCCUCUCCCAGUCUCCUCUCCCAGCCUCCUCUCGCAGUCUCUAGCUGGCUGGGUUCUGACAUCACCAUGCCUGUAAUCAGCCUGCGCAAACAGCCAAGGAAACUACAUCACUGUAAAUAAGAAUUGGAAUUUGAAAAUAAGUACUUUGAGGCUUUUUGGUGACGCAACAAAAUGUUAUUUUUUACCUUCAUCCAAAGCCCCUAGAUAUUUCCGUUGUAAAACUUCAAACUCUGUAUCACAUUUACUACUGCUCCCGAUUUUUCUGCUUUUUUUAGUUUUCGUUCCGUAUCGACUUAAUUUUAUUUGAUGUAUUUAUUUGGUUUACCCGCCCAUCGGUCUCUGCAGAUUUCCCUUGUAAUACCCGCUAGUCUGCCCAUAGCCAGGAGGAAUGCACUGGACACUGGACACUGGACACUGGACACUAUACACUGGACCCCGGCCCAUACUGGUCAGUGAAGUAGCCACAUGGGACAGAGGAGUGGCCUGGUGAGAAACUGACCCGAAGAGUGCCAUCAUCCCUGGCAAGCGGCAGACUUUUGGGAGGUUUUCAGAUUACACUGUCUUUUAGGUAAUUCUGCUGUCGUCAGCUCUGUGUGCUAUAAUGGUGUGAUCAGACCACCCCUUUGAUCCCCUCCCAGAUCAGACAUCUCAGUUCAGUUUCCAAGUCAGUGCUGAUAAUGCCUCGUGUCUCACACAGCAGCCUGCAGUGGUGUCAGUGGUAGGCAGUACCUCUCUGGUAGUUCCUGUCUCUUGAGGUAUUACUGUGCUGGUUCUCGGUGCAGAUCUGCAGUGUGAGAGGUUCCAGUGUGCCUGUCCAUGCCCAGGCAGGCUGGCUGCACACACUGCUGAGGGUACCUAUGUGCCUCCCUGUGCUCAUAAAGCUGAGGGAACACGUGUUCUUGAAACCUGGUUGUUUCACGCAGUUGCCUGAAACCUAUCCUCCUGAAACCAAGUUCCAAGUGGCUUUGUGUUCCCUUGGCUUAACCCCACGGACCUGCAGUUUCAGUGCAAUACAAUGGAGAGCAGUGCAGUGUUUUCAACAUGCCAACCACUUGUGCUGCAAGUCUUGCAACACUACUGCAAAGUUGCUGCAUCCAAAAUACUGCUUGCAUUACUAUAACUGUAUGACUGCUCAGUUGUUAUCCAUUCCCUUGAAUUGCAGUUCGAGCUGUUCCAGGUGUUACUAUGAGCUCUGUGGAAUGGAUUACAGUUGGAUCUGCCUAUGGCUUGUGUAAGCUUUUAAACCCAUUGUACCGUUGCUGCUCGAUUCACAUGGUGCUAUCGUGUCCAGUGUAAAACCAGUCUGUAAAACUGUGUAGGGAGAGAUAUGAGAAGGUCAUCUCUCCAUUUCAAAUGGGAAUUUAUUAUUUACAGUUGCCAAAUUCUCCACCUCAGGAAUUGUAUCCAUUCACAGAGGUACAAGGGUGCUUAUGUCACAAUGCAAGAUCAAACCUGCUGUUUAUCCAACCAAUCACCGCUGUCCGGGCUCCUUGCUGGAGGGGUGAACGCCGCCUCAUUGGUCAAGCUGAAAGAACCCUUAAAGGGGCCGAGCUACCGCCAGAGAAAAUGCUGCAGUCGGUGGUGUCUUAAAGGGGCGUGCGCAAAAUUACUGUUCUUAAUUUGUUAAUGCCAGAUCAGUGACAUUUAACCUUUUGAAUUCUAACCUACUCUGAACUGAUUCAUUUUAUUGACAAUAAUUCUUCUAUUGACAAUACUUCUACACAAGGCCUGAGGUGUGUGUGUGCGUGCGUGCGUGCGUGCAUGCAUGCGUGUGUAUAUAUAUAUAUAUAUAUAUAUAUAUAUAUAUAUAUAUAUAUAUAUAUAUAUUAGGGCAAGCCCACACCCAGACAAGCAUGGCUAAAUAAGUAAUAGUCUGUGUGUUUGACCAAUACUGACGCUUGCUAAAGUGAAUCCUGAUGACGGUGAGGGGGCUGUACCGAUUCACUGGCCACAGGCCCCCCAUUCCUGCGACAAGUCUUAUGAAAAUGCUGUUGCUGGGCAACAAGAAUGAGUUAAGAUGUAAACUCCGAGACGCAGGGCCGUGCCCCAGCCUCUCAGACCAUGCUGUAUUUUUUUUAGUGACUGUAAUUGUGUGUUCUUUCUGGGUGUUUGGACCUGGCUUUGAUGUGUGUGGUGCCUUGUGACUCCAGGCCACUUUGCUGUUCCACAGACCUGUUUGUUUUAUUGCUUAUCAUUGUGGCUAUUAUUAUUAUUAUUAUUAUUAUUAUUAUUAUUAUUAUUAUUAUUAUUAUUAUUAUUAUUAUUAUUAACGACCUGAUGCCUUGCUGUUCCAAUAAAUAUUUAAUAAAGGAAGGAAAUGAU